AUGAUGCAAGCAGUGAUACAGCUGAUGUCGGCCAAGAUGGCAGCCGCCAGUAACGCUGCAGGGUUGUUGGUCUUCAGGAUGCUGCAGAAUAACCCUGAAUAUCUCAUGCUACAGCAUUCCUAUGGAGACAAUCAUUGGACUCCGCCUAAGGGACAUGUGGACCCAGGAGAAUCAGAAUUUGAGACAGCUUUACGUGAAACAGAAGAGGAGGCCGGCUUUAAAAAAGAGCAGUUGAAAAUCAUUAAAGAUUUUGAGAAGCACCUCAACUAUGAAGUCAAUGGAACACCCAAGCGAGUGAUAUAUUGGUUAUCUGAGCUCCGUAAUCCAAAUGACCCUGUGAAAUUGUCUCACGAGCAUAAAGAUUUCAAGUGGUUACAGUUGGACGAAGCUUGCCAAGUAGCCAAAUAUCCAGAUAUGGUCCAGUUGUUGAAAGAAGCUAAUGCCUACAUACUACGGAAAUAUAAAUUGUAA